AUGUCUCACAAUCCUUCAUCUACGGCGAGUCCCAGUUCCCAGGCUCUUCUAGUCCCCCCAACGACCUCGUCCGCCACUGAGGGAGCAUCACCUAAGCAGCUGGAAGCCACAGCCAAGACCAAGACGCGUCAAUCACCUUUCAGAAAUUUCGCAUCCACGCCACGUCUGCUUUGCCGCCACAGUUGUGGAUUCAUGGUGCGAGGGCGGGGCAAAGAGGCUGGGACAGUUAAACUGGCCGUCAGCGCCGCCCAACAUGUCAUGUCGCACGACUGUUCUCACACAUCCACACUUCGGGUUAUUCACGACAUCAUGGUGACACGCCAACCUCAACAUGAGACAAAGCAAAAUCAGAAGACGGAAAGCGACCCCAGGCAAUCUCUUGGUGCGCUACCAUCAGCAUCCCCAUCUCCUUAUGAGCCGCUCAGUCAGCAUAUGGACUGCACACGGCUAGUAAGGAUCGAAGCAGCAAAGACGGACGAUGAUCCCAUCAUCUGUAGUUUGUUCCAAGUCGAGUUCCGUGAGAAGCCCAAGUUCUAUGCUCUCUCAUACAUGUGGGGAGAUGGCCCAGCCCGAUGCAAUAUUAUCCUAAACGGUGUGGUCUUCAGCGUUAGGCAGAAUCUCGGGGAUGCCUUGCGGUAUUUGCGAACACAGGAUUCCGACACCUCUUAUUGGAUCGACGCGAUAUGUAUCAACCAAGACGACGUCCCGGAGCGAAAUAGACAGGUGCGCAUGAUGCACCACAUCUAUUUUAGGGCCGAGACUGUCGUCGUGUGGCUGGGGAAGAGAUAUACGGAAUACGAGCCGAGCCUACCAGACUUGCAGGGACUUGGCCAUUUCAAACCACCCAACCGACAACAGUCAGAAGAUGGGCCUCAGAGCGACCUUUCCGCGGCGCAGGAGCCAAAUCAGCGCAAGCUGGCAGAAGACUUGUACAGCAACGGCUACUGGAAUAGAUUGUGGAUCAUCCAGGAGAUUGGGCGUGCCCAUAACAUCAAGGUGUGCUUCGGAAACUAUGCGGUAGAAUGGGAACCAUUUAUUCAUUUCAUCACCAUGCACAACAUUGGAAGCCACGGCCCUGUGAGACUGAAUCGACAGCGACAGGGGAGAUAUACAGGUUCAAGCUCCUUGCUCCAACUGCUGCAAGAUCACAGAGAAGCUUUGUGCCAAGAUAGCAAAGACAAAGUGUACGGCUUGAUUGGCUUGGCAUCGGACGCUGGCGGCUUUGUUAUCGAUUAUCGAAAGACAACCUUUGAGAUCUGGACCGACGUUAUGGAGUUUAUGAACCGACGCGGUUUAUUUGCAGACAAGGACAUUGUCUACGUUGGGGGUCUUGUUAAAUCUCUGCUCAUGGGUACCAACUGUCUUCCCCUCCAGCAAAUUCUGGGACAGCAAGCACCUGGCAAAGGAGACAGCAUGAUUCUCACAGACCCGAAGCAUUUCAAAGCAUUUGAGUUGCAGGCAGCGGUGCUAGGAUGCGUCACUUGUGUGGGCCCUCGUCCGCAUGAAAUCGUUGGAAAUCUCAACGAGGUGGACAAGUGGACAGAACAGGUCCAGUCGAACUAUAAAAACGAUCUCGGACCUGCCCAUCAGGAGAACGAUAUGCUAGUUCGGACUAUUUUGGACCUGGAUGAUAGCACCUUGUCAAAGAAAUGCUUUGAUUGCAGAAGUGUUAUACAGUGGUCGGUAAGUGAUGACGACUACAGAACCCACAACGAAGCCCUGAGCAACAAUUCGCCUUGGAUAAUGGAAUUGCAAAGCAGGUCUAGUGGCCAACCGGAAAACGAGAACACAUUUGCAGAGCAGUCCUCCUCUGAAGACUCGCGUCUCUUUCAGAUGUCAGAUCUAUAUCAAGGACAGACGCCGUGGAAAAUGGGCCUAUCGUCGAGCGACAUCCGCCCUGGAGAUUUCAUUUGCUGGCUUGGGUGGCCGCGAAGAGCCGUGGUCGUGCGUCCUGAGAAACAAUGCGACAAACCUUAUCUCUGGAAGCUUCAGGUAGUGGGCACGGCUGUCGUCACUGAGGAUUUGAGACAACCACGUUUGAGUUGUUCACAACGCGUCGAAUGCAUAAUACACGAUCUUCUAGCCUAG